CAAUCAUCAAAUAGAUAAAGUGAUCAUAUUUCUUACUACUCAAUUAUUCUAUUCUGCACAAAAAGCUCGUACGUUCAAAAAAAUCGAAGACAUAAUCAUCAGAGAAGAAACAGAUAAAACAAGAGAGCAAACAUGGCAUCUCCAUCAACCUCAGGUGAUACAAAUGAACAUUCCAGCAUAUCUGCUGAGGCUUCAGCUGAUGCAUCCACUUCGGCUGGAGGUGUUACUUCAUCUACUUCUGGAGGAAGGAGACAGCAUGGCAAUCGGGAGAAUGUAGCAAUACCUAAUCCUUUUGACUUCGUGGCAAUGUCUGGAAUUCUAAAUGUACCACCUUGGCUGGAUCCAAGCAUAAAGGAGUUGGCGCAAGAUGUUUCCAAGGAUCCAGCCUUUCGGCAGGUGGCACGGCAAUUGCAGCAAAGUGUUACGGGGGUAGGAAAUUCUGGUGCACCCCAAAUGGACCCAGAAAAGUAUGUUAAGAGUAUGCAAAAGCUAAUGCAAAAUCCUCAAUUCAUGACCAUGACAGAGCACCUUCGCCAUUCUCUUAUGCAGGAUCCAGCAGUCGUAAAUUUAAUUCAGACAUUGUCAAACCCUAAUCAGAAAGAGGAAUUUGAAGCACGACUGGCUCAACUUAAGAAUGACCCUUCUUUGAAGCCUGUUUUGGAUGAAAUUGCAAAAGGUGGACCUCCUGCCAUAAUGAAGUAUUGGAAUGAUCCUGUAGUGCUAAGUAAACUUGGGCAGGCUUUCCAAGUGGGCAGCUCAGGAGAUAAGCCAGUUGCCAACCAAUCUUCUAAAAAGAAAAAGGAAGAAAAGGAGGAAGAUGCUGAAAAGGAGAUGUCUCUGCAUCAUGUUGCCAGCACUGGUGAUAUUAAGGAGUUGGAAGUUUUGAUAGCAAAGGGUGCGGACAAAGAUAUGAAGGAUUCACAAGGAAGAACAGCCUUACACUUUGCAUGUGGUUAUGGAAACGUAAAGUGUGUAGAAGUAUUGCUUGAAGCGGGUGCUUCAGUUGAUUCUGUUGAUAAGAACAACAAUACUCCUCUUCAUUAUGCCUCAGGUUAUGGGCAAUAUGAAUGUGCUGAACUUCUACUUAAGAAAGGAGCUGCAGUGACUAUGGUCAAUUUGGAAGAGAAAACACCCUUGGAUGUUGCAAAGCUGAAUAAACGCCCGCAAGUGUUGAAGCUCCUUGAGAAAUAUGCAUUUUGUAAUUAACCUGAGAUUAUAGAGGUAAAAUAUGGUUGGUAAUGUCAAGAUAAAAUUGUUCCACUUGACCAGUUCUUUACUCCAUUGGGGUUGUCAUGGAUACAAUUAAUGCAAGUGAAUUUUAAUCUGUACUUAGAUCUAUCAAGCAUAGGAAGUCCAUUGCAAACGGUAUAUGAGGCAAAUAUGGUUGGUAAUGUCAAGACAACAUUGUUCCACUUGACCAGUUCUUUUCUCCAUUGGGGCUGUCAUAGAUACAAUUCAUGCAAGUAUAUGUUAAUUUGUACCUGGAUCUAUCAAUCAUAGGACGUCCAUUGCAAACAGUUUGUUUAUUUAUAUAAGCAAUUUGCAUGUUAUGUUA